UUGAAAAGAGUUAUACAUUUCUGAUGACGAAACAAAACACUCUGGAUGAUUUGAUCACUGCCAUAGGUGUAGAACUUUUUCGACCAAGAGACUGUGGGGACAUAGUUUCAAUAAAAGGAAACGGAAUUUACACAAUAUUUUCCAACUCAUCCAGCAGCAGUGGUUAUGAAGUAUAUUGUGAUUUUGAAACAGACAACGGAAAUUGGACGGUUUUUCAGAGGAGAAUAAACGGGACGACAGACUUUUACAAAGGAUGGGAGGAAUAUGAAAAUGGAUUUGGGAAUUUAGAGGCGGAAUUUUGGCUCGGUAAUCAGAAAAUCAAUGAAUUAACGUCGAACGGACUACAUGAACUAAGGGUAGAUCUUACCGAUUUUGAAGGCAACACAGAAUACGCUAAAUAUUCCACGUUCUCUGUCGGUAAUUUGUCUACCCAAUACAAACUUGAAGUUGAUGAAUAUAGUGGGGAUCUCGGAGACAGUUUGGGGUAUAAUAAUGGGAUGAGUUUUAGUACAAAGGACAGGGAUAACGAUAUUGGUUCGUCACGGAACUGUGCAAAUGAAAAGAAUGGAGCCUGGUGGUAUCGUCGUUGUACCCUUGUCAAUCUAAACGGACGAUAUGUUGAAAGUGGACAGAUUGACGAGAAGGGUAUUACUUGGUACUAUUGGAAGUCAUCAUCCUAUUCAAUGAAAUCAUCUGUUAUGAUGUUUAGAAAAGUGUAUCCACCAGGAUAAAGAUAAAAAUGUUUUAUUUCGACAAUUUGAGUAUUUUAAUUCUUUAAUAAUUUUUUGUUAUA